CGGCCACGCCCCCGGCGGAAGCCGGAAGCGGAAGCGCCCGCGGAGGGGCGGUGGGGCAGUCCGGGCCGGCGGACGCGAUGGGGCGCGGCGGCGGCACCUUCGAGCGGCUCCUCGAUAAAGCCACGAGCCAGCUUCUGCUGGAGACAGACUGGGAAUCCAUCCUGCAGAUCUGCGACAUGAUCCGCCAGGGAGACACCCAAGCAAAAUAUGCUGUCAAUGCCAUCAAGAAGAAAGUCAAUGACAAGAAUCCCCACGUGGCACUCUAUGCACUGGAGGUCAUGGAGUCGGUGGUUAAAAACUGUGGCCAAACAGUCCAUGACGAGGUGGCCAAUAAACAGACUAUGGAGGAACUGAAGGAAAUACUCAAGAGGCAAGUGGAGACAAGUGUCCGCAGUAAGAUCCUGUACCUUAUCCAGGCCUGGGCUCACGCCUUCCGCAAUGAGCCCAAGUACAAGGUGGUGCAGGACACCUAUCAGAUAAUGAAGGUUGAAGGCCAUGUGUUCCCAGAGUUCAAGGAGAGCGAUGCCAUGUUCGCUGCAGAAAGGGCUCCGGACUGGGUCGAUGCUGAGGAGUGUCACCGAUGUCGAGUGCAGUUUGGCGUUAUGACGCGGAAGCAUCACUGCAGGGCCUGUGGGCAGAUCUUCUGUGGCAAAUGCUCCUCCAAGUAUUCCACCAUCCCCAAGUUUGGGAUUGAGAAGGAAGUGAGAGUCUGCGAGCCCUGUUACGAGCAUCUGAACAAGAAAGCUGAGGGUAAAGCUGCUGCCACCUCCGAACUGCCCCCAGAGUACCUGACCAGCCCCCUCUCUCAGCAGUCCCAGCUGCCCCCAAAGCGUGACGAGACGGCUCUGCAAGAGGAGGAAGAGCUCCAGCUAGCUAUUGCCUUGUCUCAGUCAGAGGCCGAGGAAAAGGAGAGAAUGAGGCAGAAAACAACCUACUCCAUGUACCCGAAGGCUGAGCCCACACCCGUCACAUCAUCAGCUCCCCCGGUCAGCACACUCUAUUCCCCACCUGUGAAUUCCUCUGCUCCCCUGGCUGAGGACAUUGACCCGGAGCUGGCUCGGUACCUGAACCGCAACUACUGGGAGAAGAAACAAGAGGAAGUUCGCAAGAGCCCCACCCCGUCAGCACCUCUGUCCCUCUCAGAGCCCGCCGCUCAGCCUGGGGAAGCCCACCCUGCCCCGCUCAGUGUUGUUGAGCAGCAGUACCAGAACGGCGAGUCCGAGGAGAACCACGAGCAGUUCCUGAAGGCGCUGCAGAAUGCGGUCACCACGUUUGUCAACCGCAUGAAGAGCAACCACAUGCGGGGCCGCAGCAUCACCAAUGACUCCGCUGUGCUGUCCCUCUUCCAGUCCAUCAACAACAUGCACCCCCAGCUGCUGGAGCUGCUCAACCAGCUGGACGAGCGCAGGCUGUACUACGAAGGCCUGCAGGACAAACUGGCCCAGAUCCGGGAUGCGCGUGGGGCUCUGAACGCGCUGCGGGAGGAGCACCGGGAGAAGCUGCGCCGUGCAGCUGAGGAAGCGGAGCGCCAGCGCCAGAUCCAGCUGGCCCAGAAGCUGGAGAUCAUGAGGCAGAAGAAGCAGGAGUACCUGGAGAUGCAGCGUCAGUUGGCCAUCCAGCGCCUGCAGGAGCAGGAGAAGGAGAGGCAGAUGCGCCUGGAGCAGCAAAAGCAGACCAUCCAGAUGAGAGCCCAGAUGCCAGCCUUCUCGCUGCCUUAUGCCCAACUCCAGGCCAUGCCCGCAGCCAGUGGGGUGAUCUACCAGCCCUCUGGGCCCACCAGCUUCCCCGGCACCUUCAGCCCGGCGGGCUCCGUGGAGGGCUCUCCCAUGCACAGCGUGUACAUGAACCAGGCAGCACAAGGGGGCACGGGGCCGUACACCGCGAUGCCCGUCGCGGGGACAGAUCCCAGCAUGGUGAACGCCUACAUGUACCAGCCCGGGGCCGGCGGCGGGCAGGCGGCUCAGCAGGGGCAGGCAGUGCCCACCACCACACCGGCGUACUCGUCCUACCAGCCAACUCCGACGCAGGGCUACCAGAGUGCAGCCUCACAGUCGCAGAGCAUCCCGGCCAUCUCCCAGGCCCCCCAGUCGGGCGCCAUGGGCUACAUGGGCAGCCAGUCGGUCUCCAUGGGCUACCAGCCCUACAGCAUGCAGGGCCUCAUGUCCACCCUGCCGGGCCAGGAAGCCGCGCUGAGCAGCCUGCCUGCCCAGCAAACGUACCUGCCUGGGCAGCAGCCCCUCUACCAGCAGAUGGCACCCGCCGCAGGGCCCCCCCAGCAGCCGCCGCCGCAGCCGGCGCCCACCCCGGCGCAGCCGCCCCAGGGCAGCGGCGAGGCCCAGCUCAUCUCCUUCGACUGACGGCGGCCUGGCCGGGCGCGGGGGGUCCCGCGUAACCCUGCUCCUCACCCCGCAUCCCUCGUGUCCUUCACCUCCUCCCCCCGCCCCCGCCCCGGGGCUGCGGGCGCGCUCG